UGUUUUUAAACCACAAAACAUGUUUUUAUCAAACAACAAAAAGCCUCUAGCUCAGAUUUUCCGCGAUGGAAACUCGAGAAGUAGAUUUUUCCAUGAACUAAAGGAUCACGGGGACAAAGUUUUAAACAGCAGUUUUGACACGGCCCAAGGUACACUGAGUAAAAAAGUGAAUUUAAAACAAACCCAAAUAUGUGUCAGACGUUCCCUAAAACGACCCUAUGAUUCCUUUACCACGGCCGAUAAAUUAGAAACCAAGACGGAAUUGUUUCUCAUGCCCAUGCCCAAGGUCAAGGCAGACAGUGAGGGUGAUGAUAAAAUAAAAUUGAAUUCCACCAUUUGUGGCCAGCAAAUGGAUGAGAAGAUAACAAAAAAGAAUGCAGCAGAAAUGAUAUCCAAUGAUGAUCCCAUGGAAACGCCCCAAAGAAAUAUGCGGGUCUUCGUUGGUAAUGUGGACUUUGUUAUUAAAUUUUGUAAAUUAAAUCCAAACAUAAAUGCACUAUGGGAUGUUUAUGGUAAACUAAUUAAAAUAACCAAAGGAAAACAUCGUUUUGAACAGAAUCUCUUGAUUCGCAAUCUCGAUGGAAGUGGCCCGAUUUUACAAUGUUCUUAUUUUGAUUUCGACAACAUUGUGGACAACAUGACACUGGGAUCAAAUAUUCGAGUUGUUGGCAAACUGUGUGGCGCCAGUUGUCUGCGAACCUUUAGACUUGACCAGUGUAUUAGACCAAUACACCAAUCUAAUUUUAUACGCAUUCAAAAUGUAAACUCAUUCGUUUUGCUACAAAAUAAACACAGUACUUAA